AUGGACAAGCUGUCUCCUCACUAUGAUGUCAUUAUCAUUGGUGCAGGUCCACAAGGCCUCUCAGCGGCGAAGUCAUUCCUUCAGCUGAACCCUACACUGAAGCUGAGGAUAAUUGAUUCCAAUGAGUCUAUCGGAGGGGUCUGGAGGAAAGAGAACCUCUAUCCCGGCUUGCGCCUGAACAACAUUCGGCACGGCUUCGAAUUCUCGGACUUUCCAUUCUCAGACGAGUACGGCGUAAAGCAACGCGACCAUGUCACUGGAACAGCGAUGCACCAGUACCUGAACGAUUAUGCCGCGAAGUAUGAUCUACAGAGAAUCACAACACUCUGCACCAAAGUCACAAGAGUCGAGAAAUCCGAAAGUGGCUGGGCAGUGACUGUAUCUUCAUCGAACGCCACAGGGAAUUCACCAAGCGAAAAGUCGAUUCAAUGCUCUAAACUUAUCAUCGCAACAGGUCUGACUUCGUCACCUGCUCCAAUUGGGUUGAAGUACGAUUCGAAUUUCCAGCCCCCCAUCAUUAACUUCAAAGACCUUGCAAAAGAAAGCUCUGGAGUACUUCGUGACGAGACGACAGAGCAUGUCACAGUAGUUGGGGGAGGUAAAGGUGCUUAUGACUCAGUGUACCUCUUGGCGACGCGUGGGAAGAAAGUCGCAUGGAUUAUCAGAUCCUCAGGCCAUGGUCCAAUCUGGAUGGCACCAUCUCAUGUGCAGAUUGGGCCUGUUCUCUGUUGGCUGGAGAAAUUGGCCACGACUCGCUUCAUCACCUUCUUCUCUCCAAGUAUUUGGGGCGAUGCCGAUGGAUUUGGGUGGAUUCGUAGUCUCCUACAUGGUACGCGCUUUGGCAGAUGGCUUGUCAAGGGAUUUUACGGCAAGCUAUCUUAUGAGACAUUGCUGCAGUCUGGCCUGCUCAAAGAUGAGAAAUUGAAAGUUUUGAUACCUGAUGACAAUGCCCUGUGGUACGGCGCGGGUCUCAGCAUUCUCAAUUAUCCUACCGACAUACAUGACUUCGUGCUUAGUGGACAGGUGGAAGUCAUCCGAAAGGACAUCGAUACACUCCGCGCUCCAAACAAGGUACACUUCGCGAAUAGUGAUCAUGCCCCUCUUGAGACCGAUGCAGUGAUUUGCAAUACAGGAUGGAAACACGAUCUACCUUUCGAAGUCUUGCCUCACAGCCUGCAUAGCGACCUUGGACUUCCAACUACCCACAUGACUGAUUCGGAAAUGGAAUCAUGGGCUGAUAUGGAUGCUCAAGCAGACGCUGAAGUCUUCCAGCGCUUUCCAAUGCUCAAAGCUGGCCCUCGAUUGGAAAAUCCUCAAAUGCAGACUCAGCAACGACCUUCCCCUUGGAGGCUUUGGCGAGGUAUUGCGCCACCUGGCCUGGUCAAUGCUCCCCCAGAAGACCGAAGCAUCGUCUUCCUUGGCAUGAUGGUCUUUCUCCAAACAAGUUUACGAUGCGAGCUCUGCUCUCUCUGGGCUUAUGCAUGGAUGAUGGGCUGCAUGAAUCUUUCGAAGGCUUUUAGCCUUGCCAGUGCUUCGAAGACUCCCGUCGAUCUACGCCGCCAAAUCAAUGGAACGAAAGAUUCAUCGAAGAACCAAUCUCAAGACUCCGCUAAGUCCGAUUCGUUCUUCUAUGAAGCAGCUCUGCAGCAACGCUUCUUCAAAUGGCGCGCCCCAUAUAGCUACGGUUCACUCUAUCCUGACUUCGCUUUCGACGGUAUCCCGUACUUUGACAUGCUGCUGAGAGAUAUGGGACUCCGCCACUGGAGGAAAGGGUGGUCUUGGAUUGGAGAGCUCUUCACUGGAGGCGGAUACCUCGCGCCUGACUACAGGGGUGUUGUGGAGGAAUGGCGGGAGAAGAAUAGUGACGGACAUGAUAUCAGCAACAAUAGUUCCAAACUUUUGAACGGUGAUAGGAGCGAUGUUGAUGCACAAGCAUACAAGGACAAAUAA